UGUUUGUGUGAGCACAUGAAGGACAACGUCAUGUGAUCUGGAAGGAUUUCAAAGCUGAAACCACACUGGUCUGGUUCAGUGUCUCUUAGCAGGUCGACUGAAUCCUGAUCGACCAGCCAGAGUAAAAUGACUUUUCAAGGACGACUCCAUCCGUGGUGCAGCCUCCUCUUUUGUCUUCUCCUGGGUUGCGCGUCUGCAGAAAACAUCAUAGCCACGGUGGGAGAAGAUGUGACUUUGAUUUGCAACUAUGAUGCUGCGUACUACGGCAAGCUUUCUGCCUGCUGGGGCCGGGGACCCGUCCCCAGCAGCGGGUGUGCCGGUGAGGUGAUUCGGUCCGACGGGACAUCGGUGAGCAACAGGCUGUCGGAGCGUUACAACCUCCGGGGGGAGGUUGGUGGGGGAGACGUGUCGCUGACCAUCAGGCAGGUGGAGGAGGGCGACUCGGGCACGUACGGCUGCCGGGUGGAGAUACCGGGCUGGUUCAACGAUCACAAGCACCAGAUGACCCUCACGGUGGUGGCAGUGCGUCCUAACGCCCUGAAGGUGGAGACGAAGGAGGUGAAGGAAAGAACCGUCACUGUUUGCUGGAGCCCUGUGUUUGAUGGCGGCAAGCCGAUCACGGCCUACAGGGUCGAUCUAAAGAACAAACAAGCCUCCUGGGACACUGCAGUGAGCACCGAGGUCUCCAGUCCUGAACUGACUCAGCUGACUUUGGCUGAUUUGCGUCCGGCGAAGCACUACAACCUCCGCAUGUUUGCCAUCAACAGCGUGGGCAUGAGCGAGGCCAGCAAUGUUCUGACAGUCACAACUAAAGAAGCCGCACCGGAGUCUCCUCCCCUGGAUAUGCAGCUCAAGGGCCUCACUCCUCACAGCAUCCAAGUCACUUGGAAGCCGCCGAGACUCGACCAGAGAAACGGAGUUCUCCGGAGUUACAGCGUGAGCUACAGGGAGUACGACGCCGCGGGCAGACAGUUCAAAAGGUGGCAGCACUUGAGUGUGACGGCCACACGGGAGCUGGAGAGCGUCGUCCUGAGCAACCUGAGGCCUUCCACCCAGUACGGCGUGAUUGUGCAGGCCAAAACCAGCGCAGGAGUCGGACCCGCAUCGACGGCACCGCUCUGCUCCACUCUGGAUGAAGUCAAAACGUCAACAGCUUCCACAAUCGAAUCUUCGUCCUCUGGGGCCGUGAUUUGGAUACAAGAGACUACAAGUUUCACUUUUGGUCCCACAGCUUCAACCGUUGACGGGACGGUUGACGAGACGGUUACUGCCACCACCGGUGGGAGAGAAAGGACCACAAGCACCUGGCCAGUGCUCCCAGAUGCCCCAGUGAUUCACUUAAAGGAGGUCAAAAACAACACAAUUUCCCUGUUCUGGAUUGCUGGGUUUGAAGGUGACAGCCCCAUCACCGGCUAUUACCUGGAGUGUAAAGCAGUGAACGCCUCGUGGGAUGACACAAAGAUGGUUGUUGACUUUAGUCCCAACCAGACAGAGGCCACAAUAAUAGAGAUAAAUCCCUCAACAUACAACGUGCGCAUUUUUGCCAAGAACAGUCUGGGCACCAGUAAAGCCAGCAAUAUCCUCACCAUCACCACCAGAGAAGCAGGUCAUCAGAGGGUUGAUCUCCUUACCACCGUAUCUACUGACACGCAUGCUGCUGCCAGUGUGGAGGAGAGUAAAAGUGGUCACCUAGCAGCCAUCGUGGUGCCGUUGGUGCUGGUGGUGACGGCUGUUGCCAUAGUAGCCGUGUGGCAGCUGCGACGAAUAAAACAGAAAAAAGGCAGCCUGAGCUUGUGGUUGACCAAUGAAGCUCUACGUCACAGAGGCGCCGAGUCACUACAAGAGCUGUGAAGCUAAUGGCUGCUCCUCAAUUUAGCCUACAACAAGACAAAUAUGCUGAGGUUUAUAUAUCACAUUUUACAAAUUAAGGCUUUAAAUAUUUACAUGUCAUUAAGGAAAAAAAACUUGUGAGUUGAUCAAACUAGUCGAAGGAAAAACGAAUCAUACUCUCAGUAAAAAAAGCUCUAAUCACAGUAACAGAAAUUAAGUUGUAUUGUUGUCUCUUCUCUUUAUAACAAUAUGUAUCAGUUUAAGCUCUACUAACCCCCAAGAAAGCCAUUAAGCUUUAGGCAUUUCUAAUAAAUGUCCUCAGUGUUUUGUUCAGCAAAAUUCUAUUGGGUAAAACAUUUAGUGUGAUGUAGAAAUGUAUAUCGGCAACAGUUGUACAAAAUGUGGCUUUAAAAAAAAUAUAACCACAGAUCCUUGAUUCAUGAAAAUAAGUUAAUGAAUGUACAAUGACAUCGUGAAAAUCAAGUUCCAUUAAAAAAAUUCCCUCUA